AUGAUGGAAUGCCUUUGCCCCGCGCCGCGCACGCUGGCCUGUCGCGUAGUUUUGUUAGACGAAAGGGAGCUAUUCCACGAAAUACAGGAUAAUAGCACCGGUCAGGCAUUGCUCGACGUGGUUUUCAGGCAUCUAGAUCUCCUAGAAACGGCUUAUUUUGGCCUCCGUUAUGUUGAUCAGGACAACCAAACGCACUGGUUAGAUUCGGGAAGAAAGUUGAGGCGACAGCUCCGUGGAUCUGAUUCCCAUACGUUCUACUUCGGUGUGAAGUUCUACGCCGCUGAUCCUUGCAAGCUACUUGAAGAAAUCACUAGGUAUCAGCUUUUCCUUCAACUGAAACAGGACGUGUUGCGCGGACGUUUACCCGUGGGCUUCGAGCUCGCUGCGGAGUUGGCGGCUUACGUUCUUCAAUCGGAGCUGGGUGAUUACGAUCCAAGGAGGCAUGGACCCGGAUAUGUAUCGGAAUUCCGUUUGUUGUCGCAUCAGACACCGGAACUGGAAACACGAGCCGUUGAAAUCCAUCGGACACUCACAGGCAUCUCGCCCGCGCAAGCCGAGCUUAGUUAUUUGGAUAAAGUGAAAUGGCUGGACAUGUACGGCGUCGAUUUGCACCCGGUCUUGGGCGAAGACAGUGUGGAGUACUUUUUGGGACUCGCGCCAAGCGGCCUGUUGCUUCUACGCGGGAAGCACACGGUCGCCAACUACUAUUGGCCGCGCGUUUCGAAGUUAUAUUACAGGGGACGGUACUUCAUGCUUCGUGUUGCGGAUAAAAAUAACGAGACAUUAACCUACGGCUUCGAAUCUCCUACGCGAGCAGCGUGUCGCCACUUGUGGCGCUGCUGUUCCGAUCACCAUACCUUCUUCAGGCUGCAGCAGACCUCGCCCGCCUCGGCUGACAUGUUCGCUUUGGGCUCACGACUGCGCAAUAGCAGCGCCAAAGGGGCGCGAGCUCGACAGCCACCUGCGUUUACAAGGACCCCAUCGCGACGUAUUUCUCGACCGCCCUCUACCUAUUCCUCAAUGCUGGAUGUGCCAAAGCUAGAAGACUUGAGAAUAAAAGACUGUCCACCUGAAGUGAAACAACCUACCUCAGUAAACCGGCCUAACUCACUGAGUGGUGAGAUGGCGGGCUGCGAGACGGGCGGGUCGCCGCGCUCCACGCGCUCAGCGCCGGCACGCCGCGGACUGUACUCCGCGUCGCCGACCGCCACGCGCCCGCCGCCCGCACCGCGUCACCGCUCCGCAUCCGUCGACUCACAGAGCUCCAACGACUCCAGAUCCAAUCGCAAACACCGGCAUCGCUCGCGACGGCAGCAGUCGGACGCGGAGAGCGAGCUGUCGCGCGGCUCCGGCCGCUCGGGCCGGCGACACCGGCGACACCGCUCUCGACAUAAACACGACUCCGGCUCCGAGAGGGACGACUCGCAACCCGACACCAAAGAAUACGCGUUGGUGGAUUCAGAAUCUCAAUGGAAGGAGGUCCUGAGACAGACUAACUCUGGAGGUGGAGUACAGGUAGCGAAUGUGCGUCGAUCACAUAUGGAACCGGAGACUGGGACACAUCGUUCGUCUCAUAGACCGCGUAGGCACAGGAAACAUCGAUCACGAUCGGGUUCACCUAACGAAAAGAAAUGGCUGCCGAAUGAAUUGAAGCAACAUCUAGAGUUCUCAUUAGUCGAUACUGCUGGAAUGACAGAAGAACAACUGAAGGAAAUUCCGUAUACAGUAGUGCAAACGAGUCAUGCACGCCAGACCAAGCUUAGGACCUCAUCAAAACAUAGACAGACUGAUAAUGGAUCUUUGUCAAAGAGAGAUAAAAACUCGGCACCUCACAUCAAGAGCAGCCACGAUGUUCAUAAUCAAGGGUCAUUGAGGUCAAGUUCAAGCACCUUAAGUACACACAGGAAUAACGAUAAACACGGAAGACGAGCGUAUUCUGGUUACGAAGAACAGUUGUCACGUUCAGGCGAAGAGUUCUUGAAUAACGGAUACAAAGUAACUGCUACUCCAGUGUCUAACAAUAACAAUCCGUACAGUCCUGUUACCAACAGUAACAGUAACAGUUCCAGCGGGGAACUGAUUUCCGGCAGCGCUCGCGUCUCGCACGAGCACACUGAUUCCGGUCUGGGUGCCGACCAGGACUACGCGUACUCUUCAGAAAGGUCGAGCGACAGCGCGAAGUGCGGCGCAGGCGGCUCGGCGGUGCCAGUGAGUAGGCAGUGGAUCAUGGGUGGUGGGGCUGGGUGCGCCGGCGCGGGGCUGGCGCGUCGUCCGCCGGCGGCGCCGCGGGCCCGAAUGACGGCCUCGGGCUCCCAGCGGUCGCUGCUGUCGGUCGCCAGCGACAGCGCCACCUCGCGCCGCCCGCGUGAACUUGCACCGCGCGGCUACCCGCAUCCCGCGGACGGUGGCUUUUCCCUCUUCAGACAUGCUAGCAACAACAACAUAUUGGUGGGCGAGAGCGGCUCGCUGGCCAGGCGGUACGCGCGGCCGUCCAGGGAGUCGAGGGAUUACAACGCGAACGUGCCGCGAACCCACGCACGGCUGUCGCACCACGCCCACGUGCGGCACGACAACACUCUCGACAUUAUCCUAAAACCACUCAUUGAGAGCACGCAGCUUCAGAGCAAU